UUCUAUCUAUAGUCGCAUCGAGUAAAGGUAAUAAAGGAAAUACAAUUUGAUGAAGCCCUCGGAAGCAAUAUGCUGGUUCAUCGAGGUUGCAGAGAGCUGGAGACAACUAGUCUGAACUAGGUACCUAAGGUACCUAGGUAUGUUCAAUCAGUGGCCUAUAUGCAUAUCAGCGACCGCCCCACAUUGCAUAUCCAGUGCUUUGGUGGGGUUAGAAGAACCAUCAGUCGUCAAUUGGAAAAAGCUUCUGGUUAGCCUUCGUAGAGCUCUGCGCAAACUGAUUUCGAACUUACCUGGGUGUGACCAUUUUCGCAUCAACACGCCCUAAAGACCAUUUUCCACAACUUAUUCUACCGUAGAAAGUGCCUCAAAGUCAUAUGCGAUCAAUUGCGACUGCACUGGUAUUCAUAUAGGGCCUUCGCGACCUUGAUCAUGGGUCGCAAAAACCAGCGAGGUGGCCGUAAAGGUGGUGACCGCAAAGGAGGUGGGAACCGGAAGCCUCGCGUCGAUACGUACCGAUCCAACCCAGACAUACCAAAGAACAACGAAAAGCUAGAGGCCUUCUACAACGGCCUGCUUCCCCUUGACGAUGCCGAGAAAACCGAUUUUUGGGAGACGCUGCGCAGAGACUUGCCAAAUUCAUUCCGUUUCUGCGGUUCCAAAGGCCACGCGCUUGCCGUCAAGCGCCUUCUAGAAACGCGAUAUGCGCCUGAGAUUAAUAAGAUCGAACACUUCAAUGGCGACGUCGUACAGGCGCCCCAACCUGUACCAUGGUAUCCGGACCAGCUAGCCUAUUCUAUGACGACGCCGAAGCAGGUUGUCCGCAAAUUCCCCCCUUUCGCAUCCUUCCAGAAGUUCUUAGUCUCUGAGACAAGUGUCGGCAAUAUCAGCAGACAAGAGCUUGUCAGCAUGAUCCCGCCUCUUGUCAUGGACCUGAAACCAGGUAUGACCGUCUUGGAUCUCUGCGCCGCACCAGGAAGCAAGUCUGCCCAGCUACUUGAGAUGAUCCACUCUGGCGAGGAAGCGAGGAUCCGGAAAUUCAUGGAGUCAUUUGGCGAGGCUGCGCUGCCAGCGAACGAACAAGAAGAGGUCGACCCUACAGAGGACUCGUCUGAUGAUGGACGGGCUACUGGACUUCUCGUGGCGAAUGAUGUGGAGUACAAGCGAUGUCAUCUAUUGGUACACCAGCUCAAGAGACUUUCUUCUCCGAAUCUCAUUGUCACGAACCACGAUGCGACGCUUUUCCCAUCGUUUCGUAUAGGUAAAGAUCCAGAGAACCCUAACGUUCCUCGGUACCUCAAAUACGACCGGAUUCUGGCCGAUGUUCCUUGCUCAGGAGACGGAACAUUAAGAAAGAACGUUGACCUAUGGAGGAAUUGGCAACCUGGAAAUGCGCUAGGUCUUCACGCCACGCAGGCUCGAAUUCUAGUGAGAGCCCUGCAAAUGCUCAAGGUUGGCGGCAGGGUUGUCUAUUCUACUUGUAGCAUGAACCCUGUUGAGAACGAAUCCGUCGUAGUUUCAGCAAUUGAACGUUGCGGUGGACCGGAUGUCGUUGAGAUUAUCGACUGUAAGGAUAGGCUUCCGUUGCUGAAACGUUAUCCUGGCAUGUACCAGUGGCAAGUUAUGGAUAAGUCGGGCAGAAUCUGGAACAGCUGGGCAGAAGUCGAACACCAUGUCUUAAAUGGCGGACAGGCACCUGGCAAGAUCUCCCAAACCAUGUUCCCCAGGCCGGACACUAGUGACUGCUCUGGACUCCCUCUCGACCGAUGUAUGCGAGUCUAUCCCCACCAGCAAGAUACAGGUGGAUUCUUUAUUACGGUUCUUGAGAAAAAGAAAGACUUCAAAGCUAAAGACGAAGUUAAAUCUCAACUCGCAACAGCUGCUGCCUCGCCAAACGGCGCUUCAGCUCCAGAAAUGGAGAUUGCGGAGGAAGUUAAAGCUGUCACCGGGGAGCCAACCGAUGAGAUUCCGUCCAUUGGUUCGAAGAGGAGCCUCGAAGAGGAGUCGGAACAAGCACCGGAUAACAAGAGGCAGCGAACCGAGACACCUACGAAUGAGAAAGUAGAGAAUAUCACUGCAGUUGUUCGCAACACCGAAGCAGCCAAAGUCGAGGAUUCGACGGAAUCCCCGGCGCCAAACGCUUCUACUGAUAAGAGGGUGAAACGAAUGGAAUCCACAUACGAAGAGCCAUUCAAAUAUUUGCCCGCAGACCACGAGGUGGUCCAGAACAUACGUAAUUUCUAUAAACUCUCGGCCCGAUUCCCCUCCGAUCGAUUUAUGGUACGGAAUGCCGUCGGCGAGCCUGCAAAAGCUAUAUAUUAUAGUAGUCAGCUGGUUAGAGAAAUUCUAGUAGAAAACGAGGGUCGUGGUGUUAGGUUUAUCCACGGGGGUUUGAAGAUGUUCAUGAAGCAGGAUGCGCCGUCUGCUGAGGUAUGUCGUUGGAGAAUACAAUCCGAAGGCCUCCCUAUCAUCGCUGGUUACAUGGGACCGGAGCGAAUUGUUCGCCUAACAAACAAGGACACACUUCAUAUGCUUCUGAAGGAGAUGUUUCCCAAGUUCAUCGACGACGGUUGGAAGAAACUUAACGAGAUCGGCGAGCGAACUAGAGACAUCGGCAUGGGUUGCUGUCUUUUGAGUAUCGAACCCGAUGGCAGUGAUCCCGAAUUCUCAGAGCCCAUGGUUCUACCUCUGUGGAAGAGUUUCCACUCUCUGAACCUCAUGCUACCGAAGGAAGAUCGCGCCGCAAUGAUGCUCCGUCUCUUCAACGAUACAUCACCCGUCAUUAACCGGACACUCAAGGAUUCGGCUAAGUUAGAAGCCGAGGCUGCGGGUUCCGAUGCGAAACAGGAAGUUCAGGAGGAAGCACCUGACGCUGAUAUGGAAAACGCCAUACCAACUGAGGACGCUGAAAAUGCGCCCACGCCCGAGAAUGAGGCUGAAGCGGCGCCAGACCCGUCAUCUGAGGCGCCAGAGGUACCUUCAUAGAGCGCCAAUGACAAUGCUGCGAAGCGUGUUGGCGCACCAAGUUUGAGGCGAAAAAAAAAACCAAAAAAACUACAAUCUGUAGCGUUACAACUACGUAAGAUUAA